ACCUCUGUUUCUCUCAAGAACUAUCUAUCUCUUUCCUAGUAACUUUCAUUUCCACAACGUAGACAAUGCAACUUUCUUGUCUAUUUGUCUUCUGGGUCCAUCUCUUUUUCCUCUCAAACUUCACAUUUCCUUCAAUUUCUCUUCUUGUCUUGCAACCAAAAAAUAUCACCCUCUAUGGUAGCGCUUUCUUUAGAAACAAUGGCAUUAGUCUUACUCAAGAAACCAGCUGCCUGCCAUCUUCUUCUCCUUCUGCCAUUGGAAGAGCUCUCUACGUCUACCCCAUUCGUUUUCUUGAUCUCAAAAGCAAAGCCACUGCAUCUUUCUCUAGCCGUUUCUCUUUUUCCAUCAUCCGUAACCCCGUAUGUCCUUUUGGAGAUGGCAUCGUUUUCUUGAUCACUUCCAAUGCUGAUUCUUUCAGCUUCUCCAAUGGCCACAUGGGACUUCCACAGCUUGACUUAUACUCUCAAGAUUCUUACUUUGCUGUGGAGUUUGAUACGAGCUUUAAUCCUUCAGUUCGUGACGUCAACGGUAAUCACAUUGGGGUUGAUGUUAACACGGUUGUUUCUUUAGAUUCAGUUGAUGUUGUGUCAAAAGGGGUUGAUCUUAAAAGUGGGAAACAGAUAACAGCCUGGAUUGAGUAUAGGGAUUCAGCCAAGUUGAUUCAGAUAUGGGUUAGUUAUUCAUCAACUAAGCCUUCAAGUCCUGUUCUUGUUUCCCAAAUUGACCUUUCCAACCAAUUCAAGGAGUAUAUGCAUGUUGCUUUCUCUGCUUCUAACGGACAAGGUUCUGCAAUGCACAUUGUUGAACAUUGGCGGUUCAAAACAUUCAACACUUACCGGCCUUCUGUGAAUCCAACGGAUGCAUUUGAAGAAGGGUAUUGCUUCAUGUGCUCUCCAGAGGAUUCAUCUAACAGUAGACCUCAUGUGUAUGGUCCUCAUAGGAGAAGUCUCAAGAUUGGGAACAUGGCUGUUGUAUUGGGAUGCUUAACUUUAUCGCUUGUCCUUGUAACAGCAAUUUCAUUCAUUUAUUUCUUUGUGGUGAGGAAGAAGAGGGGUGUUGACAGAAGAAGCAAAAGAGAAAAAACUAGAGUUCCAAUGAAUAAUGUACCAACAAGAUGGACACUUGCGGAGAUAAAAUCAGCUACAAUGGGGUUUCAUAGGAACAGAAUUGUUGGUGAAGGUGCUUCAGCAGUUGUUUAUAAAGGGUCUGUUCCUUCUGGUGGAGCUGUGGCAGUGAAGCGGUUUGAUCAGUCCAACCGAAAAGCAUUCACUAAUAAUCCUUUUACCACAGAGUUUGCCACUAUGGCGGGUUGCUUAAAGCACAGGAACUUGGUUCAGCUUCAAGGGUGGUGCUGUGAGGGAUCUGAGUUGAUCCUGGUCUAUGAGUACUUGCCCAAUGGAAGCCUUGACAGACUCCUUCAUAGAAACUCAGAUUCAUCAACUUUCCUCUCUUGGAGCUUAAGAUUAAAGGUAGUUCUAGGGGUUGCUUCUGCUCUUACAUUUCUACAUGAAGAAUGUGAAAGACAAAUAAUCCAUAGAGAUGUGAAAACUUGCAACAUAAUGCUUGACGAUGAAUUCAAUGCCAAGCUUGGGGAUUUUGGUUUAGCGGAAGUCUAUGAACAUAGUUGCGCUUCAAGAGAAGCUACAAUACCAGCUGGUACAAUGGGAUAUCUUGCUCCUGAAUAUGUUUAUUCUGGUGUUCCAACUGUGAAAACGGACGUUUACGGCUUUGGCGUGGUUGUACUAGAGGUUGCUACAGGAAAGAGGCCUGUGGAUGAAAAUGGAGCUGUGUUAGUUGACUGGGUUUGGGACCUAUGGGUUAAAAAAGAACUAAUUGAGGCUGCCGAUUCUAGACUGUCCGGAAGGUACAAUAUUCUAGAGAUGGAGAGGAUGCUCAUGGUGGGACUUUGUUGUGUGCACCCGAACCAUGAGAAGAGACCAACAGUGAAGGAAGCUGCUAGGAUUCUCAGAGGUGAAGCAGCACUUCCACUUUUGCCAUCAAUGAGACCAACAGUGACGCUCAGGUCUAAUUUCUUUGCAGAUUGUGAAGAUACUUUGAACUUCGGUGGAGAUAACAGUCCUGGUGGUGAUGAUGCUGGAUGGUUGACACCCAGGAGCCAUUUUAGCAAGGCCUAGCUCAGAAAACUA